AUGUCACUCUUUUGGCGCAGCGCAUGUCCGGCAUGGCAGGCAUGUUUCUGCAUAGGUGCAGCCAUUCUCACAUUCUUCUCGGUGGAGGCAACAGCACAGCUCAACAACGAGACGUCGCCGACGCAUCAGUUCAAGUCGCGACCAGACUUGCACGCGCCAGUGAUCAAUUUCUCCAUCCUCAAGCCCGACCUCGUCACACCCGGCUACAUCUUCUUUGCGCCCUUUCGCAACCUCGAUCCGGGCCCGUACAUCUACGAUAACGCCGGCAACCUCGUAUGGUCAGGAGCAGGCCAGAGCGGUCCCCUGACCUCGCACAAACCGCACGUAUGCAAUUACAAAGGGGAGGAUCAUUUGUGCUUCUUCACCGGAGAGCAGCAUCAGGGUUUCGCGCGUGGUCAUGGAGUCAUCAUGGACAAGCACUAUCGCGUGGUGCGGACGCUUGAGGCGCAAGGCGCAGGAGCCAGUUGCGACAUGCACGAGUUCCGAAUGACACCCUACACAAAUGGGAGCACUGCACUUGUGACGGUCUAUCAGCCCAGGCAGUACGACCUCACUACGAAUCCGCGCUAUAACGUGCAAGGUGGCAUGGGCUGGAUUGUGGAAGGAGUCUUUCAGGAAAUCGACAUUGACACUGGGAGGUUGAUAUUCGAAUGGCGGUCACUAGACCACGUGGAUCCGUCCCAAGCAUGGACGUUGCCCGGAUCGACAGAUACGAGCGGCACAGGUCUGCACGAACAGGAGCCUUGGGACUAUUUCCACAUCAACUCGGUCGACAAGAACCAGGAAGGUGAUUAUUUGAUAUCGGCGAGGCAUGUCAGCGCCAUCUACAAGGUAUCGGGGAAGGAUGGCAGAAUUUUGUGGCAGCUGGGAGGCAAUAAUCCGGAUUUUGCACAAACCAAUUUCAAGUUCUCUUACCAGCAUCACGCGAGGUGGAUUUCCGAGAAUGGAACACAUACGGUGUUUUCUUUCUACGACAAUGCCAGCAACGCGUACAACAGGACCGGCAACUUCUCCCACGGAUGGAUCAUUGCGAUUGAUCACGUUGCCGAGACAGCAACAAUGAUCAAGGAAUGGGGAGCACCGGAGCCUAAGGGAGGACUUCUUUCGACCUCUCAAGGCAACAUGCAGAUGCUGCCAAAUGGCGGGUGUCACAUCGGAUGGGGCGAGCAUGCAUAUUUCUCGGAACACACCGCCGACGGUGAAACAGUCAUGUACGCUCGGGUCGCCGAAAGAGCGUCAAAUGUCAUGAUAUACAGAUCAAACAAGUACAACUGGACCGCCGAGCCUCUGACCAGCCCAGCACUUUGGACGUACAGCAGGACAGGACAAGGUCUGAUGGGAUUUUGGGUGUCAUGGAAUGGUGCCACAGAAGUCAGGAGCUGGAAGCUCUUCACAGGGCCCAGUCCGGAUGGUCCUUGGUCCUUGGUUGCAAACGUCUACAAGACUGGUUUCGAAACCGAGCACCACGUCGAGAGCUUUGCGCCUUGGUCCUAUGCGGAGGCCUCUGACAGCACAGGACGAGCGCUGGGACGAAGCGUGAUCUCCAAGACGUUCGUGCCAAGCGAUAGGAUGCGAGUGCAUUGUGGUGACCGUGGAUGCAACCACGCCUUCCGCGUACCUCCCGAGUACUCAACCCCGUACGAUGCCAAGGUCGAGACGCCGGAAGACUUUUUGUCACCGCAUCGAGGCUACAACACCAGCCAUUACUAUCAAGACCUGCCCGACGUUGCGCAGAUUGGUAGUGGCAGUGGCUCGGAUGAAUACGAUGAUGAGCACAGAGACACGAGCAGGCUCGCAGUCGGCGUGGGCCUGCUUCUUGGGGCUACUGCCGUCAUUGUGGGAUUCUACUUCUGGCGCAGAGGGACCUUGGGCAAAUUCCAAGACCGACUGUCGCACAGCUCGAUAGGAUCGCAGCUUAAUCUCGGCCGGGCGGUGCAUGGGAAGGAGUUUGGCAUGGACGAGAUGAUACCAGUAUCAGUAGACUUUGAAGGCCGGGAUCCUUCCAUUGUAUACGAGGCACGCGGCGAGACCACGAAUACUGCAGGUCAGAUCGGCUCGGACAGCAUUGUCUCGCACCAAUCCAAUGAUCAUCAGUGCCUGACUAGGGAGGCGUACUGGGGUGAUGUGGUGCAAGGAUGCGAUGCGGCGGCGGCGGCGGCGGCUGCUGUUGCUGCCAAGAGCCUCGUGCGGGUAACAGCAAACAAACAAAUUGCGAUUGCGAUUGCGAUUGCGAUUGCGACGGGAAGUGGGAGCAUUGUUGCCCAGGCCCAGGCCCAGGCUCGGCAGCGCUUGGGCUCCGAAGCUCACACGCGCGAGGAGCUCUUGCAUCGCCAGCAGCAGCUCCAGACCUCCAAUCCAAAUUCCAACGUAAUACACCAUCGCAGCUAUAGCUCAGAAAAGCCCGACCGCCCAUCCAUCCUCAAGGCUAACCAAAGUCCGCCCGACUCACCUCACACAGCCGUCGAUGAUCCAUACUUCGCAGACACCACUCCUGUACCGCCCAGCAAAGAGUGGUCAAAUGCGCCUGACACGGAAAACGGCAAUGGCAGGAUCGGUGCGCAUCUAGGCUCACAACAGAAUCCCAUGGCAUCCUCUCCGCCAUACAACGACACAAGCACAACCCACCUUCCACCUCCGCCCCCGACAUGGACGAAUAUGCCCAACAAGGGCCAAUUGGCCAUCCUCGCCGCUUCCCGCUUCGUCGACUUCUUCCAGAUGGCUGCCCUGCAGACCUUCAUGGUCCAUCAGUUGAAGAGCUUCGACCCAGAGCUUUCUGAUGUCACAAUCUCACAUCAGGCAGGUGUGCUGCAAGGCGCCUUCACAGCCGCACAAAUCGUUACGAGCAUAUUAUGGGGAAGAGCAGCGGAUCAUCCCAUGUUAGGGAGGAAGUCGGUCUUGAUGAUUGGCUUGGUGGGCACGGCGAUUGGUUGCAUUGGUGUGGGUUUCAGCACAACGUACCAGCAGGCAGUGUUUUGGCGCUUCGUGAGUGGUGCUAUAAAUGGUACUGUGGGAUCUGCCCGCACCAUGGUCGCUGAAUGUACUCCGAAGCCCUGGCAUCCGCGAGCAUUUCUGCUACUGCCCGCCGCGUUCAAUGUUGCAAAUGUAGCCGGUCCCAUUUUGGCGGGACUAUUGACAGAUCCGACGGUCAAUCUGCCAAGGCUGUUUGGUCCGGACAGUACGUUUGGUGGGGCGGAAGGUGUGCUAUGGAUGCAGACAUACCCAUAUGCUGCUGCGAACCUCAUAAGCACCGUCCUGUUACUUAUAGAGGCGUCGAUUGUUCACUUUGCGCUGAAUGAGACGUUGAAGGGCAGGGUACCGAUGGACAUCUCAAAAUUCGACCCAUUGACGAUUGUGAGGAAUGCAUACAGCCAGAUUAUGCAAAUGAAAGAUCAGGGUUACAGAAUGCUACAGCAAAGCCAAAGGGAAGCACUCCUGUCAGGACAGGAAGGUCGUGAUUCCGUGGAAAUGGACAGACUCACCACAACAGGAGAAAAGCACGAGCUCAGACCCGUGCAGCGGUUACCGUUCAGCAGGCUCUGGACGACGAAUGUUCUCUGGACACUUCUCAGCAUAGCGAUUUUCGACUUUCACAUGGGCGCCUUCGCCAAUUUGUGGAUUCUCUUCCUAGCGACUCCGCGAGACUUCGUGUCGGACGACGAGGGAGUACGGAGGAGAAGCAUGUUCAAAUUUUCGUCUGGAUUGGCAUUCCCGCCUCCGACGAUCGGUUUCGCCAUGGCCAUUAUUGGAUUUAUCGGUGUGGCCCUCCAAUUCCUGCUAUACCCAUGGGCGAAUGGACGUUUUGGCCUGAUGUGGUGCUUUAGAGGCUCGCUCUUCUUUUUCCCAGCGGCCUACUAUUUGGCGCCCUACCUGGCACUGCUCCCCUCCACGACCGCCCCUCCCGAACCCUCAAGCGGCGUCAUCAUCUGGCUCGGAAUCAGCUUUGUCCUGUUUCUUCAAGUCGCUGCCCGUACAUUCGCCCUGCCUGCAUCCAUCAUUCUACUUAAUAACAGCUCCCCACAUCCUAGCGUCUUAGCAACGAUUCAUGGAAUUGGAAAUGCAUGCAGCGCCCUAUUCAGAACGAUUGGCCCUAUGCUUGCCGGGUACUGGUUUGGAAUUUGGACUGAAAGAGGUAUUGUAGGCAUGGCAUGGUGGAUCGUUGCGACGAUCGCGGCAUUUGGAUGUAUUGCUAGCUUCAAAGUCAGGAAUGGCAGCGGGCAUGAAAUUUUCUUGCCCGGAGAAGAAGACGAAAUGAAGGCUUCUGAAACGGGUCAAGGGAGCGGGGACGGAAGAUAG